AUGAAUGUCUUUAAGUUUUUUGUCGAUAUUAUCAUUCUUCAAAACUUCCAAACUCCCGUUGACGUCUUCAGCUGCAAGUUUGACUUCCCGGCAAAGAGCGUCGAGAUUUUGCGUGACUUUCUUCAACUGAUCCUCGAAAGUUUUCUUUUCUAUUUUAUCGCCAUUAGAAAUGGCGCCCGGAUUGAUGAUGUUAAGAGUGGAGAGGCCGGUAUUUUUAAUAUUUUUGAUCUUCUCUGGAAGGGCGCCUUCAAGGUUGUCGAUGUUGUCGCCAAGUGA